CAGCUUUGACCAAUCCAAACCGUAUAUGGUGAAUCGAAUAUUUAUUGUAGGGAGAUCUAUCACCCUGAUAUCAUAUCACCCUUGACUGUUUUUCCUUUUUGGCUGGGAUAUCAACUUUGACUUGGGGCAUCCUAAAAUGAUCUAUACAAGGGAAGAAAGCCCAACUAAUCUGUCCAUCAUUUUUUGUUGAGUUGAGGAAAGAGAAAGAAAAUUUGCUGCUAAAAAAACCAUGGCGAAUGAAGAACUAAUGGAAAAACUCUCAAAAAGCUUGGCAAAUGUCAAAGUGGGUACCAGAGAAGAGAGAUGGUCUCUUAAGGGACAGACUGCUCUUGUCACCGGUGGUACCAGAGGCAUUGGAUAUGCCAUAGUGGAGGAACUGGCUGGCUUUGGUGCUGCUAUACAUACAUGUUCAAGGAAUCAAAAAGAACUCGAUGAAAGGUUGCAAGAGUGGGCAGCCAAAGGGUUUAAAGUAACCGGUUCAUUAUGCGAUUUGUCAUCAAGAACACAACGAGAGGAGCUAAUUAAGACUGUCUCUUCUGUUUUCGAUGGCAAACUCAACAUUCUCAUAAACAAUGCGGGAGCAGUUACACUUAAACAAGCUCUAGACGUCACUGCAGAAGAUUUCUCACGUAUGAUAGGGCUUAACCUUGAGUCCCCAUAUCAUUUGUGCCAACUUGCAUACUCCCUCCUAAAAACAUCUGGCAAUGGAAGUAUUGUUUUCAUUUCCUCAGUAGCUGGUGUGAUUGGUCUACCUGCAAAAACUGCCUAUGCAGCUGCUAAAGCUGGAAUCAAUCAAAUUACAAAGAACUUGGCUUGUGAGUGGGCAAAAGACAACAUUCGCACCAACACGGUUGCACCAUGGGGUACCAAAACCACAAUCGCGAAACCUGAGGAAAUGGAUCAAACCAUUAUGAAGAUGUAUAUGCCACUAGUGGCCCGAACUCCUCUCCGACCCAUGGCCGAGGCAGUAGAGAUCGCGUCACUUGUGGCAUUCUUUUGCCUUUCUGCUGCUUCAUACAUCACAGGGCAGGUGGUGGUGGUUGAUGGUGGAUAUACGGCGGGUGGUUUCUAGGCAACUCAUAUUUUGAGGUUUCAAGUUGGUUAUUCCCAUAUUAUGCACUUUGCAGGCCUCUCCUUCAACUUUGUCUGUCCUCACACAGGAUGUGCCACCUGAUAUUCUCCAUAUAAGCUUCAAGUACUCAAGGCAGAAAGGUCACCAAAAAUCUUAUGUACAAUAUUGAUCACGUUGAGUUUGCUUUUUUUCUUUUUUCUUUUUUUUUUUUUUGUUCCUGGGCUUGGUCCUGUCUUUUGUAUUUCUUGAG